AUGGAGGUAAUGGACGGUGAAGGUCCUUAUCCUGUAGCAGCAGCAACAGCAGCAGCAGCAGCAGCAGCAGCAGAUCCUCAGCUUCUUACUCCUGGUGCAGCAUCAGUUCAAGACAUAGUACUAGAAGAUGAUGCAGCAGCAGCAGGAGCAGCAGCAGCAGCAGCAGCAGGAGAUGAUGAUGAGGAAGAAGAAGAGGAAGAAGAAGAGGAAGAAGAAGAAGAAGGAAUAAAUAACGAGGAAGAAGUACAGCGCAAGGAAGAAGAUAGACCAAGAACUACUAAGCGUCUAUACACCACAAAAAAGAGCAUGCGUGCUGCAGCAGCAGCAAAUAGCCAAGCAGCAGCAGCAAGAAAGAAAUUUAUUACUGUUGUGUCUUUGCUGCUGCUGCUCAGUGCCUUCCUUAGUAUGCGCAGCAAACUUGUACAGCCUGAUGACGAGGAGGAGGAGGAGGAGGCACUAGAGGAGGACCCAAGCAGCAGCAGCAGCAACAACAGCAGCAACAAGAACCAGGAGGAGCAGCAGCAGCAAGGAGAGGAGGACGAAGCAACAACAGAUGAAGGAACAGAUGCUUCCCUCUCUUAA